GGGUUUCUAGGAAUUCGAACAUCUCACCAUCCAUAGAUCGAUUGAUCCAUGCUCGGCAAGCGUCUCUUUCCCAUUGAUCUAUUAUUUCUGCCCAAAGCUGUGGAUUCCAACUUGGUAAUUCUAGAAUAGUCCCUUGUUGUUUUGCAGCAAGUAAUUGGUUUGGGUCAAUCUCUAUUUUUUUACCAAAUUGUAUCCUUUCUCUGUUCUUUCCCCUAUACUCAAGUGUUGCUUGAGGUAUGGGAUAUCUUCCUCCUAACUGGUAUGUUCUAGAACCGAAGACUCUAGAUGUUCUGGGAGCACUAGAAUUUUCUUCAAUUUCGGAUCUAGUUGGAGCACUAGGGUGUCACGCCCCAAAACCCGAAUUCGAGGCGCGACAGACGCCGUGCACUCGUGAGACGGGUCCCACAAAUGCACAAGGCUCGGAACUGACUGAGUUCUUAGUUUCCAAUUCGAAUAAUUCAAAUCUGAAACUCAAGUAAAAUCUAACUUUUCAUUACAAAAAUUUUACCAUUCCAGACAUACAAAGUUUGUAAACAGUUAUGGCUAUAACCAAGGGAACUUUGUACACAAAAAUGGUUAUUUCUAUCAACCAUGUGAGACUAGCAGCUUAACUCCAAAAGAUCUAAGUCCCAAAUAACGCCUAGCCGUCUAGCUCGUCACUCCCCCGGUUCCUUAUGUGUCGGGUAUCACUACCUGAAAUGGUGGACAAGGAAAACAAGGUGAAAUAAAAUAUCUCAGUAAGUAAACUAUGGAUAGCCCUUGGUAAAAAUUUAAGCAUGCCAGAUAAACCAUGUAAACGUAAUAGAACUUUCAAUGAUAAACCAUUCAUGCAUAAUAAAACUCAUCAGUAGUCUCAUCUAUAAGUCAUGGCCAGUGUUUAACAAACUCCCACUGGCAGGCGUCAGGAAUAGUGCCAGUGUUUAACACACUCCCACUGGCAGGCGUCAGGAAUAGUGCCAGUGUUUAACACACUCCCACUGGCAGGCGUCAGGUAGUGCCAGUGUUUAACCCCAUUGGCAGGGUGAACCGGUUCUACAGAAAUACAUGUCGACAUGUGCUAGCGUUUAUAAACCUCCCACUAGCGGGCAUAGUAAUCAUGACUAUAUCCGAGACAAAACCAUGCAGGAUUUCCAAAAAAAUUCAUCAUUCACAAUCAAUCUCAAAUCUCAGACAUAAACCGAAAAAUUUCCAUGUGACCAUGGAUUUAAUAGAAAGCUCAACAUUUA